AUUUUGUAGUUUUGAAUUACUGUUUUUUUCAAUUUUUUCAUAGAAGUUUAGGGAUGAAAAAAGGAAAAAUUUAAAUGUGACAUUGAGCUGAUGCCUGAUCUGUCAACGAUUUUAUGAAAACAAAAUUUCUGUGAAAGUUCGGAGAUAUGUUCAUGUUCAUUAUUUUAGAAUUUUUAUAAGUGUUUGAUAAAGUCAAGAACUGUAACUGUUUGUUCAUAUUCUCAUUGAAUUAAUCAUUUUCGAAAUGACUCAGUAUAUAUAACGAUUUACGUACAUAAAAUGGAAAGUACAGGUACUGAUAUUGAAUUGGAAUGGGUUGAUCACACGAACUCAAUAUGGGCCUUAAAGAAUUGCGACAAUAUAGCUAUCAGAGACCUCGUACAAUCAAUGUACGAAGUCUUACUUCAAACGAAGGAAGUUCGACUGAUUCCCACAACCGUAUCUUCGUAUAACGAUAUUCAAGUUAUACCAAGCUUCCAAAAUGAGCCACCUUCUGUAAAUGAUCUCAACCAUUAUAUCAUAACUUUACUCACUUCACAGCUGCAACUUGCCAAAGAAGUAUGUUCCUCUACUCAAUUUUCCUUGAUGCUGAAACAAAGACUGUUGAUUCUGAAAAGAAUUUAUUAUGCAUUACUCAAGAAGUACCACGAUAAAGAAAAAGCAGAGCCUCAACCUGCCGAAGCAAGCACGAGCACUCCCACUGUUCCGAUAGUCCCUAGAGAUAUCACCUCUGGAUCGCAAGCACUUCUAGAGGUUGGUGUUAAAACAGGACUAAGCCUGUUAUUUUCUCUUCUGCAGCAAAACUGGCAAGUCAGUGGAAUUCUAGGAAUUCCUUCUUUGUGUAACUCGGUUCUGGAAACAACUGUUGAUUUAAUUCAGAAACUGCCACCGUUAUGCCUCUCUAAUGAUUCUCAACUCACAAGCUUAGGCACAAACAGCUUGGAACAAGUAUGCAACUUUUUGAAAAAUGCAGUGUUGCAUGAUAAUUCGGCUGACGAAAAAGGAAAACUGCUAGCCUGUGAAAUUUUACUGGGAUUAUCCCUGCAAAGAGGUUCCCUUCGUUACCUUUUAGAUUGGAUAGACAUGGUUCUGGAAGCUUCGUGUAGAGAAGUUGUACUCUCGAGUAAACUUGCAAAGAAAGCAAUUGCUCAUCUGGAAGGGGGCAAAAGCCCUUCAAGAGAAGAGGGUGAGGAAAUGGUUAUUUACAAAGCUGCUCUUUGUUUGAUGGAAGUUUUGGUUUCUAUGGCUAUUGAUUAUGGAGGAGCCUGUUCUGCCAUGGAACCUUCUGCUGCUGAAAUGGAAAUGGCAGCUAUGGAAAAAAGCGAAGUUUAUGUUUGGGGGAGUAACUCGUCACAUCAGUUGGCUGAAGGAAACCAGGAGAAGAUUCUGGUUCCCAUAAGAUCUAAAAUUUUCAAUCAAGUACAACAGAUAGAGGCUGGUCAGUAUUGCACCUUUGUCAUUCAUUGGGGUGGCUAUGUCAGUGCCUGUGGAAAAGGCAGCUACGGUCGAUUGGGAUUGGGAGAAUCGUCAAAUCAGAGUCUUCCGAAAAAAAUAGUCCUAGAUGCUGUUAUCAAAAGGCUAUCAAGUUCAAAAGGCAGUGACGGCCAUACUUUGGCCCUUACUGAAGAUGGUGAAGUAUACAGCUGGGGAGAUGGUGACUAUGGAAAGCUGGGGCAUGGAAACUGUGCUACUCACAAGCAACCUGAAAAAAUCACCGGACCCUUUUUGGGAAAGACAAUAAAAUACAUCAACACAGGGUACAGACAUAGUGCUGCUGUCACCGAAGAUGGAAAACUCUACACUUGGGGUGAAGGUGAUCACGGUAGGCUAGGCCAUUUGGACAACAGUGCCCGACACAUUCCUACUCUAGUGGCUGAUUUAGCUGAAGUCGAAGUAGGUUCUGUGGCUUGUGGCAGUUCUCAUACUCUGGUAGUUUCAAGGGAUGGUAAAAUAGUGUGGUCCUUUGGGUCUGGGGAGAAUGGAAAACUGGGACAUGGAGAGAUUGCCAAAGUUUACAGGCCAAAAGUCAUUGAAGCUUUGCAGGGUUUGGUAAUACAAAAAGUAUGUGCUGGAACAUCUUUUUCUAUGGCAGUUACCACAAUGGGUCAGGUCUACACAUGGGGCAGCGGUCCCGUCCUAGGUAUGGGUUCUGCUGACGCAAUUUGUCUUCGACCUCUAUUGGUGGAAGACCUGACGCCAUUCAGGAUCAUAGACAUAUCUGCCGGAGACACUCACUGUUUGGCGCUGUCCGAAGAACAUGCCGUGUUCGCGUGGGGAACCAACAGUAUGGGUCAGUGCGGGCAAGGCCACAGUUCGAGUCCAAUAACCAGACCUCUCAAAGUAAUCGGCUUGGAAGGUGUUCCUAUUCGACAGAUAAGUGCUGGUACUUCACAUUCUAUCGCUUGGACGUCAGUCCCUUCAGAGAUCACAAACGUAACCAAACACAAGCCGUUUUGCUUGGACCUGCACGAGAAAACUUUCGGCAUGUUGAAGCUUUUCCUAGAGAAAUAUACGAAAACUUUCGUCUAUGAAAAACCACCGCCUCCUUUCAAGACUGUCGAAGAACACAACCAAUUCGUAUUGCUUACCCUGAAGCUUCUUUGCACGCAUUUGAACCUGUGCAUCAACGCAAACUUGAACACCAAUGUUCUCAACAGCCACGCCAAGGCGCUGAGGACGGCUCUUUUCAGGUUGGUAGAUAUUGAUGCACCAACUGAAAUCCAUGACUCUGCGAGAGAAGUACUCAACAUUGGUGCUCCGUUACUGUUGCCGCAGCUGCACGAAAGAGUUGAGUUUCUGCAUUCCCACUUGUCGAACGGAAACCAUUUAUCCCAAGGCCAGCAAAUGCUUCUCGGUAUUAUCUUAAAUAGCCUCGAAGACCCCGUUCAUAUUGCAGCACUGCUAGGUUAUAGCACUACGCACGAGAAACUCCAAGAUUUCAAAAUGACUGGGACUCUUAUGCGCACCCUCUUGCAAGCCUAUUGUAAAAACACUGAAGAAACGUUAGACAGUAUCUUGAGGUACAAGUCUAUAACAACGACAUUCAAAUGGCAGAGCCCUGGAAAUUCAAAGAUAAACAACCUUCAAAGACUUCUGUCUUCCCUGCAGAACCACAUGCUGGCUCAUUACACACUUUCAUCGAAGAAUGGUCCGAAAUCUAUUGAUAACGACGGCUUCACAGAUCACCUAUCUCAAGUUUUCGAAUUGGCCAUCAAAAUUUUGAACAGGGCUUCCAAUAUUCUGAUAAUGUACCCAUCGAGCUUGCAAUUGUUGUACAAUGUUUUGCUGGAAUCUGUUACCGGAGCUAUGCUUUUCAAAAUUCUCAAUUCGUUGCUUUUGAUGCCGGCACCAUAUUUGAAAAAUUUGUACCCGUUCAUUCUUGACUUGAUGGAUCCCUUAGACAGGUUCAACCAGUUGUUGCCGAAGGAGCUGACUAAUAAUGAAAAGGAUUCAUCAAGAAGCGAAACACCAACCCUCGACCAGCUCGCAGAACAGUCUUGGAUCUGGAUCAUAGAUAUGCAAAAAACUUGCUCUUUGGUUAUCGGUACCUGUCUUGGGGGAAUGCUUAUAGGAGAUCCUCCCACCAGAGAAGAAGUCCGUUGUCGUAACUGGCUCACCAAUGAAAUUUUUUCCUCCGGUAUAGAAAACGAAAGCAUUCCCAUAGCGACAAUAUCGGAAAUUUCCUACUUCGCUACAUCGUAUAAUCUCGAGGCGAUUUUGAUAAUUUUAGAAAAUGUACCUGAGAGUAUUCAAAACCUAUGCAGAAUAGCGUUCGACCUACCUCAUCAGUAUGGAGAGGCUUGCGCCAUUCCUCGAGUGAACAAUAGCACCAACGAGUUCUUCGACACGUUACUAGACAUCAUCGAAAUCGAAUCCUGGGAGUUUGAAGAGAAGGAUAAACGACAACUAGACGUCGUCUUGAGGUGUCUCUUGACGACUCUCUUAAAACAGACCGGGUUGUUAGAACAGUCGACGUCUCACCCGGCUGUGAAGGAAGUGUACAAGAUCGUUUUGAGUUUCAGACAGAAAAUGGUAAGCUUAAUGUGUAGUGGGGAUUUCGGACAAGAAGAGGACGUCUUCAAAGAUGAUGAGGAGUGUGACCAGCAAGCCCCUGGCUCGACUGGAGAAUCCAAGAUGGUCCAGGAUGAAGAUGAGUUUACUUUCAGCGGUGUCUGUCAAAGUGUGCUGAGAAGGUGCUUGUUCUUAUUGAUAUAUGUCAAAGGCACAGAAGUCGAAAUCUCAGCUUCCCUAACCGACUCCGACGAGGAUGUCAGCUCAGAAAAAGCCUAUAUCGAAUUCUACAAGACCAGCAGGGAAUCAGAAUCGUUUGCAGACCUUAGAAAAAUAUGUUUGUCUUGUUCAAAUUUCAUCACAAAUGAACCAGUGGAAAAAACCCGAGUGUUCACCAACUCUUUCGGCUGGUGUACCGAACCUAGCGUGGUCCACCAAGCCUUGGUCGACCAAAAAAACAGAUCGAUCAGUAGAUACCGCAGUCUGGAUCAGCUUCUUUUCCAUCUGGUUACCAGGGAAGCUUCUCCGACAGUGUUGAAUUGCAUCCAGCAGCAACUGCUCGAAGGGUGUUUCGGGUUUUGCAAUAUCAAAAACGAGGAGUCCUGCACUCCGCUUCACCACUACCUGGAGGGAAUAAGAUCCUCGCCAAUAAACGUGCAGGAGAAGAUCCGGACCGUAGUGCAGCGCAUCUACCAGUUUCUGACCAGUUCACUGCGGAGACAAAUAGCGAACAAUUCCGAUAAUAAGCAGCUCCUGUUAGUAACUGUCUUCGCAUUAAGCACGCGAUAUCAACCCAACGAUCUAACUAUAGUGAUCAACAAUGAUCUAGUGCAGCUUCUGGUGCAACUCGUUCACGUCAACACGAACUUCGCGAAGAUACUCAGCAAGUCCGAAAUACUCCAUGUCGCUGCUCUGAGACUUACUCGAAUUCUCGCUAUUUCGUGCUGCAUCCAUUCAAAGAAAGUUGACCAAUCGUCACUUGAAAACGUUGUGAACAUCCUCCACGAACAGUUCAUAAAAACCAUGGAGUCCUUCGACGAGAGCCACAACUUUUCGAACGACAGUUUUCCGGCCGGUAGCGAACGUAGCCUCGGAGAUUUCCUCCUAUACCUCAGGAUAAUAUCCUCUAGUCGAACUAUACAGAGACUGCUAGCUUCCAAGAAGUGGAUCUUCGCGUUUCUCGCCAUUUUGGACACUUCGAAUGUCUUCGCCUCAUACGCCUCGCAGCUGAGAACGCUGCGGCCGAAGUUGCUCAUCUUGCAGUUGUUACAAGUGAUACUGCCGGGUCUUCAGGCCGUCCACAUCGACGAUGACUUGAGAAAGCAUAUAAUGAACAAGCUGUUCAACCAGAUUGGUCGGGAAAUGUGGAACUUUCCCAAAGAAACGCCCCCUGUUGCUUCUUGCUUCGAUUCUGCCGAUAACGAGCUUCUAGAUCCAUGUAAGUCCUUCAAGGAAGGGGAGGGGAUUGUCCCCAUCCACGACAUGGGUUUUGAUGAGGAAAAGUGCUUCAACUGCACCAUCGAUGGUAGUUUGACGCUCGUUCACAGUACGGGAGGUAGAGGGUACGGUCUGGGGUUGCAGCCGAUACGGUCAGGGUCUUACCAGUGGAAAAUCCUCAUCGUUAAGGAGAACAGGGGCAAUGAAGGAACAUGCAUCGGAGUUUCAAAGUUUCCUGUGAAGGAUUUCAGCCACAGAUCGACUGGUGAUAUGUGGCUUUAUCGAGCAUACAGUGGGAGUUUGUACCAUAAUGGAGAAAGGGACAUUAGUUUCCAGAGUUACACUCAAGGCGACUACAUAACAGUGGUGCUGGACAUGGACGCAAAAACGCUGAGCUUCGGCAAAAACGGCGAAGAACCCCGAGUGGCAUUCGAGAACAUCGAACCUGUUGAUCUGUACCCUUGCGUGAUGUUCUACAGUACCAAUCCUGGCGAAAAGGUGAAGAUAACUGACAUGAAAGUCCACGGAACCCAACGAGACUUGUUGCCCGGCGAACCGAACUUGGCUCCUUUAUACGCAGUUCUAACGGAAUCGUAUGUGAGCCUCAUCAGGAGGUUGCACAACGCCCCUACUUGGACAGAAGAGGUUAAUAACGCUUUGACAUCGAGGUUCAACAAGAUAGAGACCUUAUUUCCUACACUCGACACACAUAACAUGGAGGACGGCCCAGAGUUGUCAGAUGAGAAGAAAUCCUCUCAGUCCGAAGGUUUGCGGUGCAGCUCCGACUCUCAGCUCCACAACCAGAGCACCGCCGAGCGUCCCAAAACGGUGGAGUCGCUUACGAACCAGAUGGUUUCCAACAUCAUGGGCGAGGUGACGCGCAUCAGCACGGAGAAGAUCACCAGCUCCCAGAGCGAGUCGACUAUCAUAGACGAGGGACAGACGAGAAAUGAGACGGACAGCGCUGAAACGAAACGGUUAGAGAAACGCCUCCUCGAUCUAGAAGGAGAGUGUUUGAGGUUGGCGUUCCUACAGUUCGCCGCUCUGAAAGUUCUGGGCGUCUUCAUGACCUCCAACUCGUUCGUCGAACUGUUUCUGCUCGGCAGCAAAACCCAGACGGAAAAUGCCAAUCCGAUGAGGGAGAUAAUGCACGCCCUGGUCGACAAGGGCACCGACCAUUGCAAGCUCGGCAAUAUCAUUACUGUUUCUGAUAUAGAACGUGCUCAGACUGUGCUUCAUCUGAGUUAUGUCAAGGCCAAGUCGUCAGAUGAUAACAAGGUUUCUGCGGAGUGUGUAACGGAGCUUGAAGGAAAUCCUUCAAAUAGUUUUUCGAGUGCGACGUCUUUAAACGAGGAUAGCGACUCAUCGAGGAGGGAUCUGAUCAUGAUACCCCCGAAGCCUAGUUGUUCAGUUCCAAAACCGCCUUCUUUGACGAAUAUGCAGACUCCGUCGUUUCCGUAUAUUGCUGCUCUGGCUGCAGAGGCGGCUCGUCAAAAACGGAGCCAGCUGUUCUGCGGGUCCGAAUCCGAAGAAAAUUUAUGGAGAAUAAGGCGUAUGGCCGCAACUUCCCCCCCUCCUCCGCCGAUAGCAGCUCCUCUGCAAGAAAUGGGCUUCACUCUCAGGCACAUUCAAAAGGCUAUGCAGGAAAAUAAAACCACGGGUACGUUAGACGUGCAUACGGUCAAUACGUUAGCCACUUGGAUGCUGGAACAUCCCUUGCUGGAAGCGGAAGAUGAAGGGGCUUCUAACAGGUCUAAUUCGCUGCGGAGGUCGCUCGCGGAGAGGCCCCACCAUAGAAUGCAAAGUUUGGAUAUUUCCGACAUAGAAUAUAUUCAACGAAGAGGUCUGGGUCCAAGAAGGCGCCCUUGUCCUACGGAACUGCGUAUCUUUUUGGACCGAGUGGAUAGAACUUUAGUAGAGCGUGUGAGAGAAAGGCAACACGUCAGAGGGGAAGGUCACCCUCUAUUGAGGAACUCGUCAUAUGAGCAAGAUGUCUCAAUCGUCCAUAGUAGGACAGUAAGUUCAAUCGAAGAACCACAACAGCCACAAUCAACCAACUCGUCCUUCGUAGACGCAGAAAACGCCCGCGCAACGUGUACUAACUACACGAAACCACCAACAUAUAGUUUCCCGCAACAGCCGGGCUGCGGACAACUCUGGGGGCAAGGGGUGUGCGGUUACAACACUGACGGCUCGUACACUCUGUGCCACAAGUGCAAGAACAAGGACUCCCCAAAAACCCGUUCUGAUAACUACCUUCAUCGGCAGGCUCCCGACAUAAUUUUCAACGAAGACGAUAUAUCCGAAGCUGAUAUACAGCAGGUGAAAUUCACCGUUCCCGAUUGCGAAGACAUCGACAAGAUGAAAAGUUAUUUUGGAAUGCACGAACUGAAGGUGGAGAACAUCACUUUAGAACGUUUCGACCCUCUAGGAUCUAACGCCGUAACGCGCGUAACAAACGACGUAGCAGACGAAUCCGAGGCUAGGGUGAGGUACGUCGGUAACCAAGCUAUCGGUCUGUGCUCGUCUGUAGACCGCAUCCUCGCCCUCAAACAUCUGACCAUCACCAUGCACAUCUUGUUGUCGAGGACGGUCAUCUUGAAAGUUUUAUCGCUCUUGUCCAUGAGUACAAACUACGUUACUUUGGUGAAAUGUUUGGACGCGAUAGGGUUGUCCGACGUCAAGAAAGUCGUGCGGCUGAUGACCCUCACCGCUAUGAACCGCGUGGAAAUCAACGACAUCCAAAACAUUCAGGACCUGCCCAACUUCCCGAAAGGUUUCUCUCAGUUGGUAAUGCAUCAGUCUAGCCCGGUCAACUGCUGUCUGAACUAUCUCAGCGUCAUCAUCGCAGCUUUGGCUCAGAACGAGGUGAAUUCUUCUAACCUUGUCGUGAACAUAUGCACAAAAGAUCUGAUCAUGUCUGCUUUCGGGGUGUCUGUGCCGAAAUCAGCUUUCGCGGUAACCCAAGCAUUGGUUAACAUUCUUUCGACACAUGGUGGUUGCGCUUUGAUGGAGAUCCCCAAAGAUGAAGGUGUGAUUAGUGCCCAGCCGGAUGGUUACGACAUCGGACCUCUGACGCUAAUCAAUGCUCUGUCGGCAUUCAUCAUGUCUAAUCAGGUAGACCCGGCCAAUAAACAGUGGGCAGCUCAGCAGCUAUUCAAGUCAUUAGCCACCAAAGUGCAAAUGAUGUCAGGAUUGAAAUCGGAUCAAACCAACUUUGCCGAUUUAUCUUCCUGCAUGCCCAAACCGAACGUUACCCACAUCGAAGGGCACGACAACAGGGUGUCUACUCUCGCCUGGCAUGAAAAAAGUCAAGUUCUAGCUUCAGCUGGUUACGACGGCACGGUACGACUUUGGGCCAUCAAGCCCAAAAAACAGCCAAUACUGGAGUCUACCCUGGUUUUCCAUACUUCGGUCGACGUAUUUGGUAGCGAACUCCAAGGCAGGCUUAUUGGUCAUUUGCAAUGGUCUCCAAAUGGAGAAUUUUUAGCGGCCGCCUUGGAUAAUUUCGUAAAUGUCUGGCCUUUGAAGAAAACGGAAGACUCCAACUGCUACAGCGAUUGGUUCAUAGAGGACCAAAAAGAGUUCAUAACAUCGAUGACCUGGGCUAAAAACAAAGCGGAAGCCAACCAAGACAAGGAUUAUUUACUUAUUGGUAGGAUUGAUGGAUCUGUAUCAGUGAUUACCAUCCAAAAGGAAAAUAGAAAUGUGAAAACUCUGCAGAACGUUACGUUGACAAGAGCGGUUGUGCAUAUUGAUUGGCAUCAAGAAGAGGGUCCUUUUGCCAUAGCCUAUCUUGACGGAACUCUCAAUUUAGCUUGGAUUGACAAGGAGAAUAGUGCUCUUACCUGCAAGGCCCACGAAAAUACGAUAACAGCUCUCAAGUGGGGUCCCGGAGGCACUUUGCUUGCUACUUCUUCGAUCGACAUGACCUGCAGAGUCUGGAAACUUAACUAUGAGAGGCUGUUUCUUCUCCACACAUUGAGGCAGUCUUAUGAGCCUGUCAGUUUGGCAUGGUCACCUUUAGUGGGGACAGGAAGCGCUCCUUUUCUUCUAGCCGUCGGUAGCAGUUACGGUACGGUGAAUGCGUGGAAGUUUUCUGAUGAUGAAAAUAAUGAGAAUGAAAUCGUACCAGAACUGGCGUUGAGCGCUCAAGGCCAUUCGUAUAACAGCGUUACCAGUCUUAGCGUCGACAGUUCUGGAUUGUUGCUUGCAAGUGGGUGUUUGAAGGGGCCCAGCGGAGUCGUUAACAUUUGGUCGUUGCAUGAUGGCUGCCUUGUUCACACUUCAACAGGAAGUGGAGGAGUAAAUUCAAACGGGAUGUAUUGGUUGAAUGACUCUUUGGUUAUAGCAUUCUCAAAAUCGAAAUCCGUAUGCAUUCUUGACUACAGUAAAGAGGAUCUUUCGAAAAAUCUCCCUCUAGCUACCGUCAGAUGCGCUCUGCUUAAAAAAGGCAUCAGAGGCUUCAAGUUCGCUCCUUUCUUUAAAAUCUUUGCGUCUCUGCUCCCGAGUAUCCUACAGAACCAAUACAACGCCGAGAAGAUGCCUGUUCACACCGGGGCCCACUUGAUGCACUCCAUUUACCUCAAAAGCCUCGCCUCUGUCGCAGUUCUUCUCGAACUAGACAAAGUGAUUUGUUUCGAGCUGAAGCCUUUCAACGAUAAGGUGGAAUCAAAGGUGAUCCCUCAGAUGCACUGGUUGCACAUCUUCAGUCUCACGGCGAAAAUGGCCGACAGCUUGAUCAAAAGAACAGAGAUGCCAGAAUCCGUCAUCGGUUUAAGUCCAGUUCGCGAUAAGGAUGUCAUGCCGUCAGCCGCACAGAACUUUUUUUGGACUUUGAAGGAAGACGAACAGAUCAUGCAGUGGGCUUCGCAAAGGCCGCAAGAUUGGCAAAUUGGAGGUAAAUGCAAAGCUUAUCUGUGGGGUUCCGACAGGCAUGGCCAGCUGGCUGAAUUAGGGUACAGCGCUUCUGUGCCUGCUCCUGUGGAAUCCUUCUCGACAGCGAGAAAAAUCAUCUGUGGUCAGAACUGCACUUUUGUCAUUGAAGCUAAUGGAACUGUUUUAUCGUGCGGUGAGGGUAGUUAUGGGAGACUUGGGCAAGGAAAUUCUGAUGAUCUACACACUUUGAGCGUCAUUUCAUCAUUGCAAGGUUUCGUUAUCACCGAUCUAGCCACUUCUGUAGGAUCCGACGGGCAUAGUUUGGCACUAGCAGAGAGUGGUGAAGUGUUUUCAUGGGGAGACGGAGAUUAUGGUAAAUUGGGACACGGCAACAGCGACCGUUUACGCAGACCACGUCAAAUCGAAGCUCUGCAGUUCGAAGAAGUGGUUCAGGUAGCAUGCGGUUUCAAACAUAGUGCCGUCGUUACGAGCGACGGCAAACUGUUCACUUUCGGAAAUGGUGAUUACGGCAGGCUCGGUUUGGGAUCGACGUCUAACAAGAAACUUCCAGAACGCGUGAUUGCUCUAGAAGCAUACAAAAUCGGCCAGGUCGCUUGCGGACUGAAUCAUACAGCUUGCGUUUCGGUGGACGGAAUGAAAGUCUGGACUUUCGGCGAGGGGGAUUACGGGAAACUAGGAUUGGGACACACGACCACCAAGUCGAUGCCGCAACUGGUCGAGACGAUGUGCAAUAUAGGGAUCAACAAGGUCGGAUGCGGAACUAACCUCACAAUCUUCCUCACAAACACCGGUAAAAUCUACGUAUGCGGUGUCGACCGUGUUCCUUGGCAAAUCCAUUUGAGGGAACGUUCCGAUUAUCGCCCCCAUCAGUUGGUAGGACUAAUUGACUAUAUUGUAGAAGAUUUCGCCGUCGGCACGGAACACGUCUUGUUUCUAACAACUUGCGGCAAAGUGCUAGGUUGGGGCAUGAACACCGAAGGCCAGUUGGGGCUACCACACGUUUCCUUAGUCAGGGAGCCAGAGGAGCUCGCUGAGCUGUCAAACAAGGGCAUCAGGCAGAUUUCGACAGGCAGGACGCACAGUGCCGCAUGGACAGCAGCGGUUUCGCCUACAAGAACCUCCGGUGCUGCCAGCUCGGCGUCUUUGACCUUCGCACUACCCAAAGAAAUCCCUCCCCAGUUUGAUCACCUACGGGCGCAUUCAAUAAAAUCCGUCCGGGCUAGGCUGAAGUUUCUUUACAAUUUCUCGGAUAAGUUGUACUCUUGCUGGACGUUGAUGCCGCUCUGCGCCCAACAGAACGAUAUGCUCGUGCCGCCCCUAGAGGGCAUGAUUUCUCCCAAGCUGAGGCCGAUCUUGGCGCCGCGGGUGUACACUUUGCCUUUCGUCAGGUGCAUCGGGAAAACUAUGAUACAGGGAAAAAAUUACGGCCCGCAGAUUACUGUCAAGAGGAUAUCUCAAGAAGGUCGCAAAUGUAAACCGAUCUUCAUCCAGAUAGCAAAGCAAGUGGUCGACAUAAUGCCACAGGAUUUGAGGUUGCCUUCGAGGGCGUGGAAGGUGAAACUGGUGGGGGAGGGGGCGGACGAUGCAGGAGGUGUGUUUGACGAUACCAUAACGGAGAUGUGUCAGGAAAUAACUUCUGGAGUGGUGCCUCUCCUGGUUCCUACGCCUAACGCACUGAACGAUGAAGGGUUCAACAAGGACAAGUAUCUUUUGAAUCCCCAGUUGACUUCGGCACAAAAUAAAGUUUGGUUCAAGUUUCUAGGUAUACUUUUCGGGGUGGCUGUUCGAACUAAAAAACCGCUGGCUCUUCCUUUGGCUCCGAUGAUGUGGAAGUUGAUUGUGGGAGAGCCCCUAACCAUAGAGGACUUGGAAGACACUGAUUGCAUGUAUAUUCAGACUCUCAGAAGCAUCCGGGAUAUCCAUCUUUCGGGAGUUACAGAGGAAUACUUCCAUGAUGUCAUCCCUCUAGAAACUUUUGAAGGGACUAGCUGUACAGGGAAGGUUGUUCCCAUUGUCCAUGGGGGACGUAACAUUCCUCUGACGUUCGAAAAUCGAGCGCAGUAUUACGAGCAAGCAGUGAAAUUCAGGAUUCAGGAGUUCGAUUUGCAGGUGGCAGCUAUUCGUGAGGGUAUGGCCGGAAUCAUCCCUGUUCCUUUGUUGUCCUUGAUGACUGCUGAAUAUAUCGAGCAGUUGGUAUGCGGCUUAUCCCAUAUAUCAAUCAUGACUUUGAAAAGAAUUGUCAGGUAUAGAGAAUUGGAUGAAAAACAUGAACUAGUACAUUGGCUGUGGAGUAUUUUAGAAAGUUUUACCGAUAGUGAGAGGGUAUUAUUCAUGAGGUUCGUCUCGGGCAGAUCCAGAUUACCAGCCAACUUAGCAGAUGUGUCCCAGAGAUUUCAGGUAAUGAAAGUUGACAAGCCCCCCAAUGGGUUGCCAACAGCGCAGACUUGCUUUUUCCAACUGAGGUUGCCGAUGUAUUCUUCUCAGGAAAUCAUGGCCGAGAAACUGCGGUAUUCCAUCAAUAACUGCAAGUCGAUUCCCACCCUUAUUAAGAAUCAACAUAAUAAUGCAUUGCAACAAUUCUGA